GGGGCCGGGGCCGGGCCUGGCACCGUGAACCCGAACCUGCUGCUGUCGCCGCGGCGGGCCGGCUACUCGGGCCCCGGCGCUCUGGCCUCAUGGACGCGCCCCGCGCCCCCGCGCGCCCCGCCGGAGAGGUGAGGCCGGCCGCCCCGCAGCCAGAGGUCUGAGAUCUGCCAUGGGGGUAGGGGUGUCCUUACUGCUGCAGUUUUCUCUGACUUCUGGGAAUUAUCAGAGUGUGGGCAGAAGCCAGAGCUACAGCCACCAAAGCAUCCCCAGGACCGACCCCAAGAGGAGCUGGACACGGCCUUGCCUCUGGCCCUACAGUCUGCAGGGAAAAGAACCCAUGCUGGAACAACGCUGUAGGGGCCCCUUGGCCAUGGGCCAGGUCCAACACCGACUCUCAGGACAGUCGCUGCAGACCCUGGAGCAAAAUUCCAGUGGGUUAAGGUUGUUGCAGGGCCCUUCGGUGGCCCCGGGCAGCCAGACCCCAGGCGGGACCCAUCGCUGUGCCCACUGUCGAAGGCGUUUCCCUGGUUGGGUGGCUCUGUUGCUACACGCCCGUCACUGCCAGGCCCGGCUACCCUUGCCUUGCCCACAGUGUGGUCGCCGCUUUCGCCACGCCCCCUUCUUGGCACUGCACAUCCAGGUUCACGCCACGGCCACCCCAGACCUGGGCUUUACCUGCCACCUCUGCGGGCAGAGCUUCAGGGGCUGGGUAGCCUUGGUCCUGCACCUGCGGGCUCACUCGGCCGCCAAGCGGCCCUUGGCCUGUCCCGAGUGUGACAGCCGCUUCUGGCGCUCAAAGCAACUGCGAGCCCAUCUGAGGCGCUGCCACCCACCGCGCGCGCCGGAGGCCCGGCCCUUCAUCUGCGGCAAUUGUGGACGGAGCUUUGCGCAGUGGGACCAGCUGGUGGCUCACAAGCGCGUCCACGUCGCCGAGGCCCUGGAGGAGUCAGCAGCCAAGGCUCUGGGGCCGCGGCCCCGGGGCCGGCCGGCGGUGACAGCACCCCGGCCUGGCGGUGAUGCGGUGGAUCGGCCCUUCCAAUGCACCUGCUGCGGCAAGCGCUUUCGCCACAAGCCCAACCUGAUCGCGCACCGCCGCGUGCACACAGGUGAGCGCCCGCACCAGUGCCCCGAAUGCGGGAAGCGCUUCACCAACAAGCCCUAUCUGACCUCGCACAGGCGCAUCCACACCGGCGAGAAGCCCUACCCGUGCACCGAGUGCGGCCGCCGCUUUCGGCACAAACCCAAUCUGCUGUCGCACAGCAAGAUUCACAAGCGAUCCGAAGGGGCGGUUGCGGGUGCUCCGGGCUCUGGGAGCCCCCAGCUGCCCGCUGCUGCCGUGGUUGCUGCGGGGGGCUCUCUCGAGUUCCUAGCUGGAGAGCCCAGCCCGGAGGCGCUACUGCUGCCCGCCCUGGACCCGGUUCGGGCACCCCAGUACCAGCAGGCCGCGCCCCCGCCGCCUCUGUACAGCUGCGAGCAUUGUGGCCGCGCGUUCCGGCUGGAGCGUUUUCUGCAAGCGCACCAGCGGCAGCACAGUGGCGAGCGGCCCUUCCCGUGCCCCGAGUGUGGCAAGACCUUUGGCAAGAAGACGCACCUGGUGGCACACUCGCGCGUGCACUCGGGGGAGCGACCCUUCGCUUGCGACCAGUGUGGCCGCCGGUUCUCGCAGGGCAGCCACCUGGCCGCGCACCGGCGCGACCACGCUCCCGAGCGGCCCUUCGUGUGCCCGGACUGCGGCAAGGCUUUUCGCCACAAGCCCUACCUGGCCGCGCACCGGCGCAUCCACACGGGCGAGAAGCCCUACGUGUGCCCCGACUGUGGCAAAGCCUUUAGCCAGAAGUCCAACCUGGUGUCCCAUCGGCGCAUCCACACGGGCGAGCGGCCCUACGCCUGCCCCGACUGUGACCGCAGCUUCAGCCAGAAAUCCAACCUCAUCACCCACCGCAAGAGCCACAUUCGGGAUGGCGCCUUCUGCUGUGCCAUCUGCGGUCAGACCUUCGACGACGAGGAGAAGCUCUUGGCGCACCAGAGGAAGCACGAUGUUUGAGCACUCAGGGGCGUUGGCACCGAGUGGGCUGUCGCUGUCGCUUUGGGGACCCGGUGACUGGUGUCGCCCAAGGAUGACUAGCUAGCUCGGGAGAGGCAGGGAAGGGAGCUGGGCCCAGGUGGGGGCACCCCGUUGUCCAAUCUCCAGCUUUUUGCUGAGAGAUUCGGUCUGAAAAGUAGCAUUAGCAGCUCUGUGUAAGCCCUUUAGAGCCAUCCCGCAGAGGAAUGGCUGGGUCCUGGCCCUCUGGUGAAAACGCCUUAACGUCUGUCCUAGGAGUCCCCUCUGUAGUAUGUGCUGCAGUGCUUAGUGACCCACUGUGCCAGGGUGGCCCAUGGGAUCCGCCCAGGAGAGCCUCUUGGCCUUGCUGGCAGCACCUUGGGCCUUCUUCAACACUGCGAGGCCAAGUUGAGCUCCUCUGACUUGUGCCACCAAAUCCCUUCCUAGACCAGGAGACUAUGCGACUCCAGUUAGUGGCUCCCCAUGGCCUCCCCAGAGGCCUUUCCCCCAUUGGUCAGACUUGCUUUAGCUGCCCCACCCCAAGAGUAACCAUUGGCUAUUAGUGGCCACACCUCCUACACUCUUCCUAGAACUCAGCACCUUGUAGGAAGGACUGUGAGUGGGCAGGAACGGGCAGGGGUUGGGCAGGCAAGGGAUUAAGUUUCCUUCUCAGCAUUUCCCAGUCUGCUUGAGCAUCGGGUGACAGGGAGGCCCCACCUGCUUUGAGCGGUUGUAGGGUAAUUCUGUUGUAGGGUAAUUCUAAUUGUUAGAAAAAUCUUCCUCGUAAUGAAUGAAAUCUGCUGUCCUCUAAUUUCUACUUGUUGGGCCUUGUUCUGUUCUUUAGAACGAAACUGCCACCACUUACCCUCCUUUUUGAACUAGAGAAUAAAGAUUCGGUUUUAGAA